CUGUUUCCGGGAAGGAAGGAUGUGGCCGCCGUGCAGGUCACUGCGUACCUUGGCUCUGGUUCUGGCAAGGUCGCAGCGAGCUCGGUCCUGCAGUGGGGAUGAAUGUGUCUCCUACACACAGGGCCAAAGCCCGGAGCCCAGAACCCGCGAGUAUUUCUACUACGUAGAUCACCAGGGCCAGCUUUUCCUGGAUGACUCCAAAAUGAAGAACUUUAUCACCUGCUUCAAAGACCUGCAGUUCCUGGUCACUUUCUUCUCCCGUCUGAGACCUAACCACAGCGGACGCUAUGAGGCUUCCUUCCCCUUCCUCUCUCUUUGUGGCAGAGAGCGUAACUUCCUGCGCUGUGAAGACCGGCCAGUGGUCUUCACUCACCUGCUGGCCACCGACAGCGAGUAUCCUCUCCUCUCCUACUGCGGAGGCGGCGAGGCACUGGCCAUACCCUUUGAGCCGGCUCGCUUGCUACCCCUGGCGGCCAACGGGCGCCUGUACCACCCGGCACCGGCAAGCACAGGCGGCGUGGGCCUAGUUCGCUCGGCCCUGGCCUUCGAGCUCAGCACCUGCUUCGAGUAUGGGCCUGGCUCACCCAUGGUCCCCUCUCAUGUGCACUGGCAAGGUCACCGCAUUGCCCUAACUAUGGAUCUGGCCCCACUGCUGCCCGCUGCCCCGCUACCCUGAGCUUCCGGCUGGGGCUGGGUGGGGAGGGUUAGGACAAACACUGAGCUUUGUAGUACUCGCAGGUUACCCCUCGGUCCCAGCACUGCAUGCAGCUCAACACGUCCCGUCCCGUCACCUGCACUCUGGAGCCUGAGUGCGCGUGCGCGCAGAGGUGCGCUUUGGUCCUCGUUAGGUUGGCGCUGUCCAAGGUUCUGGUGAGGUCCUGCUUAUCCUCGGUCCCUACAUAAGUCCUCUUCGCCGCCUCUAACCCUUACACCGGCCUUGCAUCCCACGGAUUGGCCUAUGCUGGUAACGUCAGACUGAGUGGCAGGCACAAGGCGCGUGCGCGACCACCCCCACUCCCCCCCCCACCCUCGGCCGAUUCUCCAGUCUUACAGCUGCAAGCACCGCGGGGAGUCGCUCACCGCUGGAGCAGGUGAGGGGGAUCCUGGCCCAAGGUCACCAGGCUUGGGGGAGGUAUGGGACCCUUUAGGUUCCAACUUUAUUACCACGGAAAGGUCAAAAGACCUGGUAGCGGGGAGAGGGGAUGGAAACCACGCCCUCUAUGAGCAGGCCGGGACCCACUGGAGUGUGAGGGGGAGGUUAGGGGAGGCAGUGCUUGUUUAAAAGAGCCUGGGCGUAAGGACUGUCAGAGACCAGCUAAGGCUUCGUCCUGCGCCAGAGCGAGGACACAGGGCUCCUCUGCACCCAUGAGCCCCAGGAGACUACUCCUGCCUAGGAUUAGGGGUUCGUGUCCUGAUAAAAGGAUUUCUGGGCUCAUCUAAUAAGGGGCCCCCAUUCCUGUCAUGGCUGUCUUGCAUUGAUGCACAUCUGGGCAACUGUAUGAGCAGCAGCUCUGAUCCCCUAAUGCACAGAUCAAGGCUUUGCUACUGAAGGCUGGACAGAUGCACAAGGCCUGGAGCCAGGAACCCACCAGUCUCAUGCUCCAGGAAAUUAAACCCAGACGCCUAGGAAACGCCCCAUUUCUUGGGGCUCCACAUGUCCUGAGAUAUCUAGGAACUGCCUUUGCCUGUGCCAAAGUUAUUCCAUUAAAACUUUACUGCUA